GGAAGCCAGAGCAAGGCAGAGAAGCCCAAACCAACUGAAGAGAGAUGGAUGGUGGGGGUGGGACUGGAGCAAGAGCGCUGCUUAUUGGUAGGCUGUGGAUCUCUCUCUGGAUGGAUUGACUUAACACGGGUCGAAUUACACCAUUUGCCGUGCAUUAGUUUGUUUUUCUCUCAGCCAGGAGAAGUUGACUCAUACGACGCACACAAUAAUUUUUUGGAUUACAGCAACACAAAAGGAUACAAACUAACCAAUUCAGAUGAGGUAACAUCUCCACUAGUGUGAAACAGGAAGUGUCGUCUGUGAGCAGCCAUGGGCCAGAGAGCUGCGCUUCUGCUCAGUGAGCUGCUGCUGCUGCUGAUGACAGCCUCACGCACACUCCUUGCAGUCAGCUUCCCUGAGGACACCGUACCCCUCGAUGUCGUUGACGCACACUUUUCACGGAGGUACCCUGUGUUCAGAGGCAGGCCCUCUGGCAAUGAGUCACAGCAUCGCCUUGACUUUCAGCUGAUGACCAAGAUACAGGACACACUUUUCAUCGCUGGCAGAGAUCAGGUGUACCUAGUCAGUCUGAGAGAAUCCUACAGGAACGAGAUCAUUCCUUACCGGAAGCUUACAUGGCGAUCGGGCCAAGCUGACAGAGAGAUGUGUGCCGUCAAGGGAAAACACAGAGACGAGUGCCAUAACUUCAUCAAAGUGCUGGUUCCCAGAAACGAUGACCUGGUGUUCAUCUGUGGUACCAACGGCUUCAACCCCAUGUGCAGAUACUACAGGCUGGAUAACCUAGAGUUUGAUGGGGAGGAGAUCAAUGGGCUGGCACGAUGCCCAUUUGACUCCAAGCAAACCAACGUUGCCCUUUUUGCUGAAGGGAAGCUGUAUUCUGCAACUGUAGCUGACUUCCAGGCCAGUGAUGCUGUCAUCUAUCGCAGUAUGGGUGAUGGAUCAGCCUUGAGGACCAUCAAAUAUGACUCCAAAUGGCUGAAAGAACCUCAUUUCCUGCAUGCAGCAGAGUAUGGGAAUUAUGUGUACUUUUUCUACCGAGAGAUUGCAGUGGAGCACAGCAAUCUGGGCAAGGUUGUGUAUUCUCGCGUAGCCCGGAUUUGUAAGAAUGACGUCGGUGGGUCACAGCGGGUGCUGGAGAAGCACUGGACGUCUUUUGUGAAAGCGAGGCUGAAUUGCUCCGUGCCAGGAGAGUCCUUCUUCUAUUUUGAUGUGCUUCAGUCCAUCACUGACAUCAUCAACAUCAACGGAGUUCCCUCUGUGGUGGGUGUGUUCACCACACAGAUGAACAGUAUCCCAGGGUCAGCAGUGUGUGCCUUCUCCAUGGCCGACAUAGAGAAAGUAUUCUGGGGCCGGUUCAAAGAGCAGAAGACUCCUGACUCUGUGUGGACUCCAUUUCCAGAGGAGAAGCUGCCCAAACCUCGACCCGGGUGCUGUGCAGGUCAUGGUCCAGCUGCGUCCUUGAAGAGCUCCAUCGAGUUCCCGGACGAUACUCUGCAGUUCAUCAAGUCCCACCCCCUCAUGGACACAGCUGUGCCUUCUAUUGGGGAUGAGCCUUGGUUCACGAAGACCCGCGUCAGGUACAGACUGACAGCGCUGGCUGUGGACAAUGAAGCAGGACCUCACAAGAACUACACAGUGGUGUUCAUUGGGGCUGAGUCAGGGGUUGUCCUCAAGGUUUUGGCCAAGACCUCCUCUGUGUCCCUGAAUGACAGCCUGCUUCUGGAGGAGAUAGAUGUCUUCAACAGGGCCAAGUGCCUGUCUAACCGCGAGGAUGACAAGCGUGUCCUCUCGCUGCACGUGGACAACGACGCACACAGCCUGUAUGUCGCCUUUUCAAGCUGUGUCAUUCGUAUUCCCCUAAGUCGCUGUGAAAGGCAUUCUUCUUGCCACAAGUCCUGCAUUGCAUCAAGGGAUCCUUACUGUGGCUGGAAGCCUCAUGGAGCCUGUGAGAGGAUACAGCCUGGUGUUUUGACUGGAUAUGAGCAGGACGUUGAAUAUGGAAACACUGCCCACCUGGGAGACUGCCACGCGUUUUUGGGCACUACAUCAGCGCCAGAUUACAAAUCAUUUGGCGACCCUACCUCUGACAUGGAGUUUUCAUCAGCGCCAGUCACUGUCCACCCCAGUGGACCCAUACACCCCCCAGUACUCAUACCCACUCAGAGCCCCAGCUCUGAGCCUGGUCCAGAGCUCUACGGCUCAGGCUUUGUGCUGCAGGAUGACCCAGCCACCUCCCAUUCUUUAGACUCUAUCCCAGGGGGCCAAGAGGGUGUGUGGGAUAUCCAAGCAGGUGAGACCAACCAGAUGGUUCACAUGAACAUCCUCAUCACCUGCGUGUUUGCUGCUUUUCUCAUGGGUGCUCUCCUGGCUGGUCUGAUCGUUUUCUGCUACCGAGACUCAUUCCUCCGUAAGCCAAGACAUGUCCACAAGGAUGCAGAGUCUGCACCGUCCUGCUCCGACUCCACUGGAAGCUUUGUCAAGCUCAACGGCCUCUUUGACAGCCCUGUAAAGGAGUACCAAACCAACAUUGAUUCUCCCAAGCUGUACACCAAUCUGCUGAGCAACAGCAAAGACCUGAAUACACCCAACGGUGACACCAAGACCAUGAUCCUGCGGGACGGCUGUCAGCCCCCUGAGCUGGCUGCCCUGCCUACACCCGAGUCCACCCCUGUGCUUCAGCAGAAAGGCCUGCAGCCCAUCAAAAACCAGUGGGAGAGGGCUCACGGGAAGGCCAGUGGGCCCCGUAAGGAGUCCAACUCAUCAGCCAAGAGUCCGCAGUUUCUUCCUUCUUCUCCUGCUCCUCCUAACUCUAACACCCACCAUCCUCACCUCGCCCUGGGACACUCCCACAUCCCUAGUGCAGUUGUUCUGCCCAAUGCCACACAUGACCACCCUAACCAUGACAAUGGAGAUGAUACACUGCCACAUUCAUCUGAAAAGAAGCCAGAUUCUAAGGGAAGUAGGAAAGACCAGAAGAGGUCUGUGGAUGCUAGAAAUACCCUAAAUGACCUUUUAAAACACCUCAAUGACUCUGUGGCCAACCCCAAGGCCAUUCUUCAAGAGGGAUCAGGGCCCCGCCCAAGGCAACACCUCACACUGGAGCCCAUGGAGGAACUGACUGAAGUACCCCCCAGGGUGCCCAGCCGUGAGGCCUCCCUGUACUCUCCCUCCUCCUCCUUGCCUAGGCACAGCCCCACCAAGAGGGUUGAUGUGCCCAUGCCCACCACUCCCACCACACCAACGGGCAGCCUGAGCAUGGGGGGCACCCUGGAGAGGCAAAGAGGGGGGUAUCAACUCCACCGGAGUGCCUCUCACAGGCACUCCUUAUCCACCUCACCAAAUGGGGUAACCAUGGGGGUGUCUGUGUCUCGCCAACACAGUAUGAACAGAGGGGGUUACAUGCCCCCAACACCCCCCUCCAGACUUGACUCUCAUGGCGGAGUGAUGGGGGCAGGAAUGCACUCAGCCCACCCAUCCUCUGUAUCCCGACAGAGCAGCUACAGUGGGCAUUGCUCACUCCCUCGCACAGGGCUUAAACGGACCCCAUCGCUAAAGCCAGAUGUGCCCCCUAAACCCAAUGGGUUUCCACCACAGACUCCACAGAUGCGAGUGGUCAAUAAGUACAGUUAUUAAAAGAGCAUGGACACUUCUUAGUGAGCUCUUGGCCUUGACUGUAGAGCUUUGAGCCCUGAGGGCUUGGGGCAGGGGGCUAUGGAUGGGGUAGGGCCUAGUGUGUUUGUGUAUCGACUUGAGGUGUGUUCCCCCUUUAAAUGAUAUGCACAUUCACUCACACUAAAAAGGGAAAAUCACACAUGUGGCCAAAGAUACUCCUUGGGGCUUUUUCGCUCCCUACGUCUCCAUCUCCCUCACUUGUCACGGUAGCCACAGGAUAUGAACAGUGGACAGUGGUGAAUCUGCUGCUUCCCAUUGUAUCUGGGCGUGGGUGUUGCCCGUUCCCAUAUUAGGUACAAGGUUUAGGACACUAGAUGGGACCGCUACUGUGCGUCUGUGCAUGUGGUACCACAUUAAAAACAGUGGAAUACUUGAAGAAUGGGUCUCACUUGUCACUGCCCUUGAGCACUGUCUUCCCACUAAUGUGAACUGAACAAAGAUGAGAGGUAGGCCAUGCCUUUGUUAGUAAGCUGGCUGGGGGCAGAGGAGAGGAAACUCAAAAAUCGUAGUGUGCAUGUUGCUUAAGAUACAUAUGACCGUAAACGGCUGAAUCAAGCAGCAAAUGAACAGAGAAAAAGAGUGUAAAUGAAUGAGUGUGUGUGUGUUGGUUGAUUGGAAAGCAGGUUUGUGUAAAGGCAGUACACAUAUUAAGCCUUCAAAGUUAAUUAUCAAGAGUGGCACCACAUGACGGAGGAUGCACCUUAAGACCUGUCUAAGACCUAAGUCACUGUCUCUCAUUUCAACAAUAUUUUCUCACCUUUGGUCUAGUUUGAACCCAUUUGAUACAAGCCUAAACCAUAUUUUUGUGGUAAUAAGGUUGGGCUGAGGUGAAGUUGGUCAUGCUGGGUGUAUACUGGGACAGGGACUCUGUAACUCACUUGGAAAUUUUACUUAUUACAUUUGCUGCUAUUGGUUUUAGGCAUAGGUAUUUAUCUUUGAUUUUUUCUCUACCAGACUGGGAUACCCCCUUGAUAUGGGUGUGCAGAUCUGCUUGUGUGUGUGUGUGUGUGUGUGUGUGUGUGUGUGUGUGUGUGUGUGUGUGUGUGUGUGUUAUAUCACAGACAGAGGCCAAGAAGUACAGUUUUCAGCAACCAAACACACUGUUAAAACUGAUACAUGGGAAAAAUGCUUCUCCCCAGGACUGAAACCUCUCCUAACCUCCACUGCUCCUUUGUAGGAAUUAUACUGGUGGUUCAAGAGACUUCUUUCUUUAUGUAGCAAUGGUAUUAAGAAAAAAACAUACAUUUCUCAUCUCAUUCUAUAAAUGAAUUUUGAACAAAAUUAUUUGCCUUUAUAAUGUUUUAAUGUGUUAUUUAAAGAAUUUGCUAUAUGAAACUAAAGCAUCACCAAUGGUUUAGCCCAUGUAUAUGAAUUCAACAUUUAUGGGCACUUCUCUUCUGUCAAACGUGUGUGUCCCCUAAUAGAAGAACACUAGAAUUUUCCUCCUUCAUUAAUCCUAUUAAAGGUAUAUUAAACUAACCCUAGAACAAUACAUGGAUGUAACACCUCUGUCAUCUGCCGUGCUGGUUCUGUAGCCCGUGUUCCCUGUGCAGCUUCCCUGCGUGUGGCCAUUGUACAAUCAACACAACAUUUACCAAUGUCUCCAAAUGAGUCAUGCUGGGAAUGACAAGAUCCUGUAUAUACUUAAAUACUAUAAAUAAGGAGUAUAAAUAUUUUUAGGUAAGUGAACCUGAAUCUGUGCAUUGUGUGCCUUAUUCACAAAAUGAACUACUACAGUAUAUAAUAAUGGCAAUGUCAAUUGGUUCUCUGUAUGUUAUUGUCAUAUUCUAUAUAAACAAUUUUUCUAUAAGCAAUUUGAAAAUCAGCAGGAUGUGUUGGAAAAUCACUACCUAAUCCAAAUCGAAGUAAAAACAAAUUGACAAACAUUCCACUUGUGAAUACUAGUUGUACAAAAGGACAUUCAAAAAACAUUUAUUUGGGGUAUAAAUCAAUUUUUCUCCUUUACUGCCGGUGUUGAAAAGAAUGGUGUUAAUCCACCACAUUGAGGUGCCAUGCAGUGAAUGUAUUUUCUUGACAGUGGGAUGUAGGUUGGUUAGACUUUGUACUGUGGAGCAGUCGGCUCAACACAGCACAUCCUGCCCAUAGCCAAUGUAUUAACACAGUGUUCACGUAAAAGCCGCCUGUUGGCAUGGGCAGCGGUCAUGCAGAAUCUGUAAUUCCCCUGGAUUGCAGUGACAGCAAUUGUUCCUAUUGGUCAGUAGGGACGGAUCAUUUCUCUUAGAAAUGGGUACAUUAUUUGGGUGACAUCUGCAAUCCUAUCCGUGUCAAUUGCCUGUUUAGCCCAAAGCCACAUUUUGUUUACAAGUGAUGAUUGUAUGUAAAGACUUUCUGCCUGUCAUCUAACCAGUGUUUGGGCUCUCUUUUCUACUCGACACAUGCACACUGACAUCACAAACAUACACUCAACAUACACUGCUCAACUGCCUUGUAUAUUGCAAUAUGAACUGGAACUUUCUGUUGCAAUCUAAAUUGAAGCCUUUAUAUUUCAGGCUGAGCUCGGUGUAUGUGCAGAUGAACCGGAUUUUGUCAUGUCAUUUUGAUUUAAAUACUGUGCAACAUGGCGAUGCAAGGCCAGCUGUAUAUAAGAUCUCCAGAGUAUUUGAGCGUGUAGAUAUGUUGUAAAGUUGUACUGUGAAUGUGUAAAUAAUAAUGAUGGUCUUUGUUUCAUGAUAUUUUUUGUUGAUUUUUUUAACACGGCAUGUAUAGUUGAAAUAAAACAUUACUGCACA